UUCUCGGACCCUGCCACGUACCCCAUCAUCGGCAUCAUGGCAUUUGCCGGGUCCAUGGCGACGUUCGAAGGCGUGCGAUACUUGACGGCGAGCCCGGACGUAGCGUUUCGCAAGGAGAAGCGGUCCCAGAUCGACUUGCGGUCCGAGGAAGACGGCGCGGCGUUCCGAUCUCAUCGCAUCUCGGCGGCGACGCUCAAGCUCAACCCCAUCACACGCGAGUCCGAGUACCAGGCGUUCAAGGCGCGUAACAAUUAAAUAGACAGCCAAAACAUAGAAUGAAUAUAGAUUUCAACGCAA